AUGUGUAUAUCUCCUAACCAGAGUAGUAUGCCUUUGUUCCCAGGCCACCGGUACCUGGGUCCCGGGAAUCUACAGCGCAACGGAGCUCCGGUGGACGAGGACGACGGCAUAGCCAAGUCGCACGACGAAGCCUACGAGCGGGCCAGGAGCCACGAGGACGUCUUUGCUGCUGAUCAGGCAUCUGCGGCUCUCUUCUUGAACGACUUUAGACGCACGGGUAACUGGCACUCCGCAUUAGGUGCAGUUGGUCUGGGCACGAAGAAUAUUGUGGAACAAUACGUCUUGGGCCGUAGUCUCUAUGGAAUGCCAGGAGAUAGACGGAAACGUGCACAUAACGGGGAAUCAGAUACAGCAGACGCAAAGCGAUACCAGCCUGACUCAACUACCGGCGACGCCCAAGGGAUGUCGCAGCAGAUGCACUCAGACGCCCCCACCCGUCCAGGCGGAGCAGGAGUUGGAGGUGACGGUGAAAAUUCGACAGAGCUCGUUCAGCAGAUUUUGCGCGUACCUCGCGACCACGGAGUGGUCACAGUCUUCCGUGACAGCAAAAUACUCACCACAUGGGCCUACGCAAUGCUGAAGACCAAUUUAGUUUAUACACCGAGAAAAACGUUUCCAGGAGUUCUGACUAGCCUGUCACGCUUGCCAGUGGACCGGCCGUAUCUUUACAUUCCUCACGGCACCUACCUUAACCUACCAGCUCACACAAGAGCUGUUAGCUGCUCUGUCAAGGUAACCCCUCAUGGUUUACGCACGCCAUGGAAGACUGGCUCUUCGGUUGUCCAACCCGUCAACUCUGACAUGCUAGUUUAUGGCCUUAGCUCCGUCGGACUGAACCACUACUUGGAUACCGGCAUGUGUCGUGUGAAGAAAGGCGAGACAAACAACCCGAUGAAGCCACAGUCCUAUUUACCAUUUCAGGAGAAGGACCACUCGGAUCUGGCUAAGAGCUACUGGGGUCUAAAGAUCACACCCGGAAACGAGGAUCACGAUGGCGAUGACGAAAAGAGCAUACCUGCGUGCAUGGGUGUACCACGUCACAACUUUGCUUACGACUUUAUUCACAUUAACAAGGCAAGUCCCCGCUUGACCAAGUUCGUAAACCAGUUUCCGUUCAAAGGUCACGUGGGCACACCUAUAGUCAACUAUGAGUACCAGUUUGGAAGUGACGCAUGGCUAAAGAUGGGUCCCACUUAUAACGCGGGCAACGAGUUGCUAACUCGUACACACCUUGGCCUGCCUGCUGACGUUGUGUCCUACACCACUAGCAACAUGUCAAACUACGAAUCGUACGAGCAAAAGCCAGAUACCAACAUCACCAUGCGACUUCGACCCGACGAUAUGCGCACGCGCCACGUGAAGUAUUUGGACCCUAUGGAAAAUACUUACUUCACCCGAGGUUUAAAAACGAUGGCGCACUCAACUAUUCAACCGAGUUUGAGUUUUGGGGUAUUGGCAGUAAGCAAGUCUAACAAGGACGACCCAGGCAGUACUGAAACCUUUCAAGACAUUGCCGCCUUUUUUCAAAUUGACACAGAACUCGUCGUUCACUCUGACGUUGACACCAUAGUUGCCGACAGUGUUACUUUGCCAUCGAACGUGGGGCCUUAUUUGCGUCACUCCAACGAAAACAUCAAAGCAAGUUACAACAGCCUCACACGUCACGGACGUCCAGUCAACCUCGCUCGCACGGAGUCCGAAGUUACCGAACACAAGGCAGAGCUGCAGAAGAUUGCGGCUUCAAGGCCGCCGCGAGGGGUAUAUAAAGAGGUCUGCAGCAGCUCAGAACUCACAGUCUUCAACAGGCUGUCCACUCAGGAGGACCUCAAGCGGACACUCAAGACGCCUUCGCUGGAGCAACGGCACAUGCCGAUGUGUUAUCUUCGCUGGCUUCGUCAGACGACCAAAUCGCUCGUCAAUUUGGUCUACAAGCGCCAGUGCAUGGGACCUCUACCAUCUCGUCAAGUAUUUCAAUAG